CUCGGCCGGCGGCGUGAGGAGCCCCGCGGGGCCGCUUCGUAGGCCGCGCUGCGUGAGGAGCCGCAGUCCGUGGGGAGCUCCCGGCCUGGGGCAGGUGCGGGACCGCGAGUUGCCUCGGCAGGCGGUGUCCCGGGGGCUGUGUGAGGAGCGGCGGUUGGGGCUCCGGGUGCGCCGUGCGCUGCUGCGGGAACAAACGAAGGAGGGAAAUCCUUCCGAAAGCCGGCGUUGUGAGCCGUGUGCCCACAGUGGGAAACUGCUUCCUUUCCGACAGGCUCCGUGAUUCCAAGUGAAGCUCGCACUGCCGCUCCCAAUAAGGUACAGAUGAGAGAACAGCAGAGGGGUCCUGGCUUGAUUGUGUGCCACCCUGCAGCUGCCAGCUUGCUGUGCCACAACAACGAGGCUCACUGCCAAGAACUGUGGAGAGAAGAGGAAAAAAGACUAGAAUUAUUAUAGCAGGAUUGAGUGGAUUCUCAGCAAGACAUGAUUGUCUGUGCUGUGACACAACAGCCUUGAAAGGCACAGAAUGAGGCACGUGUAUGGCACACAGUGCUUUGAAAUACUUUAUGGAGCAGCAAAAUUAAUUACGUUCACCCAUCUCUCUUACAAUACGGAGAGAUUUUUUCCAGAAUCACACUCCUUUUAAAAACAUAUUUUCUGCCAUGCUCUGCUUGCUGCCUAUCUGGGAAACAUGUGCAGCCAUUUGAUAAAUACACUGCAGAAAACACCGGUGAAGUCGCAGUCUCCCUGCAGGAGAGGAAUAGCUGAAGGGAAAAAUGGUAAAUAAGAUAUGUAUAUUUUGAGGAGACAUUCAGUCAUGCCAUACUCUCUCUGUGAGUGCUAGCAUUCCAGCUCUCUGCAGUCCCAUCUGAGACUCUGUGGGCAGGACACAGUGAUGGAGGACUCUCCAACAGAUGUUGUGGGUGAAGACAGUGACACAGGCUUCCAAGACACGCAGGCUGAACUGGCAGAGCGGGUGGCGGCCAUAGAUGUGGCUGCUCACCCAAACAGAAGUGACCAAAAUGGUGAAGACAUCACUGAAGAAAAUGACACUGUCUUUUCUGAUAAUGUAAAGGACAUCCAAAGAAAUGGAGUCAACAGUGAUGUGGAAACAAAUGAAUUCCUGCUCUCCCAACAGUCAGACAAUGCUCAGUCGGGGCAUGCUUCCAAGAAACCUCUUGCUAGACCUGUGCUAUCAAGUAGGAAGUUGUCUCUUCAGGAAAGAUCAUCAGGAAGUCAUUUGGCUUCGAGCAACACUCCGGGUUUUGGUCAUUAUGCCACAGGGCCAUCACCACGUAUAAUACGGAGGCCAACGAUAGAGUCCAAUCGAGUCUCCAUCUCAGAUGCUGAGGACUGUGUGCAAUUAAACCAGUACAAGCUGCAGAGUGAAAUAGGCAAGGGUUCCUAUGGUGUUGUGAAGCUGGCCUACAACAAGGAUGAUGACAAGUAUUAUGCUAUGAAAGUCCUCUCCAAAAAGAAGCUCUUGAAGCAGUAUGGAUUUCCACGUCGACCUCCUCCUAGAGGGUCAAAAACAUCCACUGGAGAGCACUCUAAAACAAUGGCACCACUGGACAGAGUCUAUCAGGAAAUAGCCAUAUUAAAGAAACUGGACCAUGUCAACGUUGUUAAACUGAUAGAGGUCCUUGAUGAUCCUGCGGAAGACAACUUAUACAUGGUGUUUGACCUCCUGAGGAAAGGGGCUGUCAUGGAGGUACCAAGUGACAAGCCAUUCAGUGAGGAUCAGGCCCGGCUCUACUUCCGAGACAUUGUUUUGGGCAUUGAGUACUUGCACUACCAGAAGAUCAUUCACCGGGACAUCAAGCCUUCCAAUUUGCUCUUAGGAGAUGAUGGACAUGUCAAAAUUGCUGAUUUUGGAGUCAGUAAUCAGUUUGAAGGGAACGAUGCCCAGCUUUCCAGCACAGCAGGAACACCAGCCUUCAUGGCACCAGAGGCCAUUUCAGACACGGGCAAAAGUUUCAGUGGGAAGGCACUUGAUGUAUGGGCCAUGGGAAUUACCCUGUACUGCUUUGUUUAUGGGAAGUGUCCUUUUAUAGAUGAAUAUAUUCUGGGUCUUCAUAACAAGAUCAAGAGCAAGCCUGUGGAGUUCCCAGAAGAAUCACAGAUAAGUGAUGAGCUCAAGGAGCUGAUCUUACGCAUGCUGGAUAAAAAUCCAGAAACAAGGAUAACAGUCCCUGAAAUUAAGGUACAUCCGUGGCUAACCAAAGGUGGUGAGGAGCCUUUGCCACUGGAAGAAGAGCACUGUACUGUGGUGGAGGUUACAGAGGAGGAAGUGAAGAACUCAGUGAAGACAAUCCCAAGUUUGCCGGCUGUGAUCCUAGUGAAGGCCAUGCUAAGGAAACGCUCCUUUGGAAAUCCAUUUGAAGUUCAGACCAGACGGGAAGAGAGGUCCAUGUCUGCUCCAGGGAACUUGCUAAUAAAACAAGGAAGCAGAGAAGGAGGCAGGGACUCAGAGCUGCCUGAUGUGUGUGAAGAUGAAGCUACGUCCUGAAGCCACGUGGCUGUCGCAGGCUGGUUGCUCACGUGCUGCUGCUGCUGUACCCAUCGUGGUGUUGUUUGGCACACACCUGCUCACAUCACAAAGUCCAGGGCCUGCAAAGCAAAAAGCAAAACGGACCAACCUAGCAAACUGAAAAGGAGGAAAAGAGCAGCAAUAAAGAAACGAGCGAGUCUCAGCUGGCAGAGGGCUGGCUUGGCCUCUUGGGCAGCUGUGUUCCUCAUGCGAGGUGUCCGUGUGCUCCUCUGUGUGUGCCUUGCUCUCCACUUGUGCUUCACGUGUGAGCUUUGUAGUUGGGUGUCUUGACCAAUGAAUGUUUUUAUUUGCAAUGCAACAAACCAAACGUUGUCUCGUGGGUCGUUCACCCUAGAGACCUUUUUCUUGCUUUCUUUCAUUCUCUGUUUCAAAGAUCAGGAAAAAAAAAAUGACAUCAAAGCUAGAUCUCAUAUCAGAGAGCGACUCCUAAUGCACACAUAAAGCGUGCUGUAUAUCAGCUGUGAUAACAGUUCUACGGAUAGCAGUUACAGAAGGAUGAGAUCUUCCUUUUGGUGUUUACGCUGUCAUUCUCUAUGCCUUUUUUUUCCCCCAUCUCCUCUUAACCCUUAGUGUAACCCCUGCCAGCAUUGAUAGCUUUAUUCAUGGCAGUGUUACAAACUAUAAGAACUAUGUGAUAUUUCCUGUAUGUGCAAUGAGCCUCUGAAUGCCACAGAGCUGAAGCACCAGGACACACUGUACGCAUGAAGGCUCAGUGCACAGGGGACGUGUGCUGAUGAGCUCUUCCCAAUGAUGAGCUGAUGAGCUGUGAUUUCACUCCCUCACCUGCUCCCAGUCCCGUGCGCAUGGGUGUUGCUAUGAAGUCUAAAAAGAAGUGGCAGGUUUGGCAUUUUAUCUCACUUACGGCUGAUUUCCUUUCACACACAUCUCUUAGCUCCUUUAAAAUGUGUGCCUGAUGCUUUUCAACUCUGAUCUCCUGAUAAAUGGCCUAAAAAUGGGAGAGCUCGGAAGGAUGGAAAACACGAUGGAAGGGUUUUGAAACUAAGGAAGGUCACAGAACACAAAUGGGAUAAAAACAAAAACUCGAUCUGUCGUUGCUUAAGGCCAUAGUUUUUAAUUUUAAGACUGUGAUUUUAUGCACGUGCCGAUGCUGCUGAUGGCAAUCCAUGGAUUGCUUCUAAACUUGGGAUUAGAAGCUUCAUCUCUGCGUUUGACAGCAGGUGAGAGACUGCACUCAAGGAGCAGACGCGGUCGUUUCAUCGGCUUCUGCCUGUACAGACUGUGUGUAAUCAGCUAUUCCACUUGCACGCCGGGAGUAAAAGCCAGUGACAUCAAUCCAUCGAAACACAGGCUGGUAUUUUCCUUUGAGCUUUAAGGGGGGUCUCAGCAUGCCCCCAGAAAGUCAAUGGACUGCAUUCUUGUACUUAAAGGACACGAUUAAAUUUGGUUCCUUACUGACUUUUUUUUUUAGGCUAACCAUGAGGGCUUUGGGGCUUGAGUCCCCUGAUUCUGUUGUGCCAGGGGAUACACAUACAAGGAUAAUUAAUAGCAACUGCUAUGCUAAUUUUCCCAUUUUGUUUGCUGUAGAUUGGUUUGGUUCCCAAUUAUUUUGUAGCCUCGCUUUGCUUCCAGUGCCUUCUGCUUGCCAGCUCCUGCCUGCCCUCUCUCUGUCCUCCUCUCUGCUCGUCUUGGGAAGCCCAAGGCAGGCUGCAGUCUGGGCUGUGCCCCACAUCCUGCCUAUAAAUACUGGCCAAGCCCCAUGGUUUGGGGUGUAUUCUUGUAGUUAAGGUAUUUUGUCAAGGAGACGUUCCAUUUUUCAAUCAGGCAGCGGGAUUAUAUCCUGUCAAUGUUAUUGCUCUGGGGCUGUAUUUUGCAUCACUUGCAUGCAGGUAUUGUAUCAAGCCUGCCUUUGUGCCUCUGCAUGCACCUGCAGUGCACUCAGCGCCCUCCCAGGGCUGUGGCUGUGCUUCAGCCUGGCACUGUGAUACAUCCCUGCACACCGGCGCACUUGAAUGUGUGCUUGAGCCAUAUUGACUCGUAAUGAAGAUUUAAACACUGCGAAAGGGAGGGAAAACCAAGAUGGAACCUUGGCAAGUCCCACAGCACAUCUGGGGCUCUGCAGAUGCAGGAGGAUGCGUUGGGAUCAGGGAUGGUUAUGCACGGAAUGCUUGCAGACAGCUGGCCCCAUCUGGGGCAAAUGAGUCUUCAGUAGGGACAGAGCAUGAGGGCACCAUCGGGUCCCGCUGAGCGGCAGCAGUGGGCGGAAGGAUGGCUCUGUCUGACCCAUCCCUGAGGCCGGCCCCAAAGGCAGGGGGACGUGGAGCGUGGGAGAAGGGAGCAGCUGUAAUCAUUGUCAGAGUGGGUCUGCUGAGGUCUGAGCAACGCUUGGGUGGUGCUCACAGAGCUGUAAGGCCACGAAUGAGGUUUUAUUUAUUGUGAUUUAACAGAUGGUAGGGGGGAGAAGCGCUAAUGCAGGCGGUUGUUGGGUUACUGUAAAAACGGGCAGCUGGGGGAGCUGGUGGGGGUGAGGAGGCUGGGAAACUGCUCAGCCUCAACUAAUGAGACCAAGCAAAUAAUUACAGAUUUUUCUCUAUGUUCUUCGAGUGGUAACUAAAGCACUGCUGUAGUUUCGGAGGGGGAUUGAGGAGAGUGGGUAUUUGUUGUGAUUAUCCCCAAAUCUGCUUUGGAAAAUUGCCUUUUUUGGUGAAAGAAAAUCUUCUGGAGCUGUUUCUGCAGGUCUGGGGAGCUGCGAGCAUCACAGAGCUGAGCUUUUGUCAGGCCUCGUUUCUCCUGCCAGCUCUGUGGGUCUGCCCUUCCAUCUCCAGCAACUGUGCAGAUCAAAGAGGUGGGAGCAGCACAAGCAGCAAGAACUGCUGGGGUUGAUUGGGAGGCUCGGUGUGACUGCUGCAAGGAUGCUCCUUUCACUGAGCUGCAAUGAAACUCUUGCUCGUUUUUAUGUGUGUGAGGGCAGCUGGGGGCAGUGCUGCUCGUGCUUUGAAGUAAGGAAGAGAUUCAAGAGAGAACCUGUUCCAAACGAACACCUCAGGCAAGUCAGCCCUAUUGUUCACUCUAGAAAGUCAUUAGCAGGAUGUCAUUAGCAGGAUGUCCAAGUAUUUGUCUGCGUUCUCGCUAUGAACACGGGGUGGGAUUUGGCGUGGCAGGGCUGCUGCGAGCAGUGACCCGCGGGGUGCUGUGGGCAUUUGUGGAUGCUUUGGUGUUCACUCGGCGCUUUUCCUCCCCAAUCCGCUGGCGGUGCUGCUCUGUGCUAACAGGUGGCUGUCGGCUGCGUUGUGCUGAGGGCUCCUCCUGACGGCAGUCGGCUCUGGUCAGCCUUCCAUCGUGGGCACAGGGAGCUCUGAUGGCAGUUUCUCCUUAGGAGAAGCGGUACAUCUCUGAUCUCCAGGAGGUCGUUUGUUUCUCUUGCUCCGCUGAUAGCUGCAGGUCUUCUCUUUGGGGGGCAGUGAAUCACAGAACGGAAUCACUGAGGUUGGAAAAGACCUCUGAGGUCAUCCAGUUCUCCCACCAAUAUUUCCCACCAAACCACAUCCCUGAGAACCACAUCUAAUAUUUCUUGAGCACCUACAGAGCUGACCCCCCCACCUCCCUGCACAGCCCCUUCCAGUGCUUGGCUGCUCUUUCACCUGAACCUCCCCUGCUGCAACCUGAGGCCAUUCCUGCUGCUGGCAGUGCUGUGCUGCCACACACCAGGGUGCUGUUGGCCUUCUUGGCCACCUGAGCACACUGCGCUAAGUAAAAAUCCUCAUUAAUAUCUCCUGUCUGGUAUGAAGGAAUACUGCAGUGUGUGCCUAACGUAUGGGCAGGAAGACGUUGCUGUGAAUACCACACUUGCAAAUAAAUGAGCUUUGCAGCUAUUUAAUGACACGUUACAGCAGGUACAUGGAUAACAACUCACUGCACUUAGGAAGCUGCCUCAGCCAGCCAUGUAUGCAUGCUGUCCCUGCUCUCGCACAGUGAUUUCCACUGAUGCAGCCCCAGGAAGCAGCAGCGUGGGGUCUGUGGUGCAUCUUGCAGUCAGCUUUUGAGCAGGAGCGCUGUCUGUGUCACAGCUGGGUCAGCACCGUGUGUGGCUGAAAGCUCACCUGGAAGCUGCUGUGUGGAAUCAGACGUUCCUUCGCUGUUCUCACAGUCACGUUGCUGCCUGCUUGUGCUGCUGUUCUGCAGCGAGAUGGAGCUGGCCUGGGAGAGGGAAGGCUCUGCCCGAGGGGUAGGAUCUGAGCGAGGGAGGGAUGUGCAGAGGACGGAGGACUGCAGCGCUGUGCAGCCCUGCCAAGAGCAGCAGCACGUUGGUGUCCGGCAGGGCUGUGGGGACAGGAAGCACAUCAUCACUUGGUGUGUACGUGUAACUUAGUUUGGGUACCAAACUUCUCCCCCUUACCAGGGCUUGUGUGCAGUGCUGUUUGCUGAGCAAAGCAGUGACAGGGAUUUCUUUUCUGGCCCGAAGCCCCCCGUGGAAGACCACGUCCUGAGCAGCAUGCCGAGCGCUCUGAAAAACUGUACAUUCAAGAGAAGAACUAUGACUUUUCAGGACGUAAUUCGGAUCCUCUGUGCCGUAACCUUGCUGCUGUGCACCUGAUUUAUGCCCGUUCUGUUAGUAUUUAAGUCUCUUGUUCUACUCAAUGUGAAGUAUGACUGUGUGUGUACUCUGCUCUGAUUCCAGCAUGAUGUAUAUGCACUCAGUACUGUAAUGGCGCGUGGCCGUUACCCUGUAAAUAUGUACCAUGAAUAGAGAGGCUAUUUUUUGCAUGCUUUUGUACUCUAGAACCAAAAAGAAAAUGACAAUAAAGUCCACAGAAAUGA